AUGAUUGAUUGCAUUGAUGUGAAUGCAAGACUCUUUUUAAGGUUUAUCGAAGAAGUUCUUAUAGAAUAUUUUCCUAAGAAAUAUUUGAAAACUUAUGUUAAUAUUUGUAAAAACAAUUCUAGUCCUCUCUCAGGUAAAAUUCUAGUUGAUAAUAAAACAGACCAAAUUAUUGGAGGAAUCCUGGGUAGAGUUCAAGCCACUUAUAAUGAUGAUGAUAAUAAUAAUCCUGUCCUCUAUAUUGAACUGUUAGCUAUUAGUAAAAAAUAUAGAAGAGCAGAUUGUGCUUUGAAGAUUCUAAAAGAAAUGGAACAAACUGGGCAAGAUAAUAAUGUAGCUGCUAUAGAAUUGCAUGUCUCUCUUGGAAAUCUAGCCGCUCUUCUACUUUAUUAUAAGGAUAAUUUCAAACUAAUAUCAAUAUAUAAACAUUUCUAUCAAAAUGCAAAAUAUUUCCAAGGUUCCAGUACUGGAUUAUUAUUAUCCAAACGUAUAGUUAAUGUUGGUUCAAUAUAA